ACUGCAGAUGAGCCUGGUAGUCGGCCAGCUGGCGGCAUGGAGGUUCCUUGUGGGAUCAUCAGUGUUGAGCCGGGCUGGUACGUCUCUGCCCAGCAGUCCGAGGAGGCGGAGGCGGGAGAGUUGAGCCCGUUGCUAGGCAACGAACUACACAGACAGGGCUCCCCGGGUGUUUCAUUUGGUUUCUCUGUGUUUAAUUUGAUGAAUGCCAUCAUGGGAAGUGGCAUCCUUGGCUUAGCUUAUGUUAUGGCUCAUACUGGUAUCCUUGGAUUUAGUUUCUUGUUGCUGGUAGUUGCUCUCCUGGCUUCUUACUCAGUGCAUAUCCUGCUUAGUAUGUGUAUUCAGACAGCUGUGACAUCUUAUGAAGAUCUUGGACUCUUUGCAUUUGGAUUGCCUGGAAAGAUGGUGGUGGCUGGUACCAUAAUAAUUCAGAAUAUUGGAGCCAUGUCAUCUUAUCUUUUAAUUAUUGAAACAGAGCUUCCUGCUGCUAUUUCAGAAUUUUUGUCUGGAGAUUAUAGUGGGUCUUGGUAUCUUAAUGGGCAAACACUACUAAUAAUCAUGUGUGUUGGCAUUGUGUUCCCUCUUACACUUCUUCCUAAAAUAGGCUUUCUUGGCUACACAAGUAGCUUAUCAUUUUUCUUUAUGGUGUUCUUUGCUGUUGUGAUAAUUAUUAAAAAAUGGUCUAUCCCUUGUCCUCUGAGGUCAAAUUACAUAGAGCAGUACUUCCAGAUUUCAAAUGCUACAGAUGAUUGUAAACCAAAGCUCUUUCAUUUCUCCAAAGAGAGUGCUUAUGCCAUACCAACCAUGGCUUUUUCAUUUCUCUGUCAUACCUCAAUAUUGCCCAUAUACUGUGAACUUCAAAGCCCCUCAAAGAAAAGAAUGCAGAAUGUAACCAAUACUGCAAUUGCUCUAAGUUUUCUCAUUUAUUUUCUAUCUGCGCUCUUUGGGUACCUCACUUUUUAUGACAAAGUGGCGUCAGAAUUACUGCAAGAUUAUAGUAAAUACUUGCCACAUGAUGUUGUUGUCAUGACUGUGAAGUUAUGCAUACUAUUUGCUCUGCUUUUGACAGUGCCUCUAAUCCACUUUCCUGCAAGGAAAGCUUUAAUGAUGAUGUUUUUCUCCAAUUUUCCAUUCUCAUGGAUCCACCAUUCCUUAAUCACUCUAGCACUCAAUAUUAUCAUUGUUUUACUUGCAAUGUAUGUUCCUGACAUAAGGAAUGUAUUUGGUAUAGUUGGUGCCAGUACAUCAACAUGUUUGAUUUUUGUAUUCCCAGGACUAUUUUAUCUUAAACUUAGCAGAGAGGAUUUUCUCUCAUGGAAAAAGCUUGGGGCUUUUGUUUUGCUCAUCUUUGGAAUUUUGGUUGGGAAUUUUAGUUUAGCAUUUACCAUUUUUAAUUGGAUUAACAAAUGAAGGAAAUAUUUUCCCACUUCUUAUGAAGAAUAAUUUACCUCCACAUGCAAAAAGGAAUAAUUCUGGAAGGCACCUUGGAUAAAUCUUUAUAUGAGUUAACAUUUUGGUAAACAUUAGUAACAAAAAAAAAAUGUGGAACAGAGUGGGAAUGGAUAAGGAAAAGUAGGUUUAUAGCAGUUUUAAUAAAAAAGGAAAUAAACUCAAAUGCUCUUAAAUAUAUUAGGUCAGUCUGUGUGCUUAUUGUUUUUUCUAAUAAUUAAUAGACUAUUUUUUAGGGUAGUUUUAAUGUUUACAGAAAUAUUAAGCAGAAACUACAGGGAGUCCCCAAAUAGUCCCUCAAUCCCCAACACACCCAGUUUCUCAUGUUAUUAACAUCUUGCAUUAUAUGGUACAUUUGUUUCACUUGAUGAGCCAAUAUUCAUACAUUAUUAUUAAGUGAAGUCCAUCAUUUACAUUAGGUUCACUCUUGAUGCAAACAUUGGCAACCACUGAUCUUUUUACUUCCUCCAAUAAAAAACUGAGGCUUUCCCAGAAUGAUAUAGUUGGCAUCACAUAGUUGGCAUCACAUAGUAUCUAACUUUUCAGACUGGCUUCUUUCACUGAGCAACGUGCAAUUAAAGUUUCCUCCACAUCUUUUCAUGGUUUGAUAGCUCAUUUCCUUUUACCACUGAAUAAUAUUCCAUUGUAUGGGUGUACCAUUUGUUUUUCCAUUCACCUGUUGAAGGACCUCUUAGUGCUUCCAAAUUUUGGCAGUUAUGAAUAAGCUGCUAUAAACAUUGGUGUGGAAAUAAGUUUUCAGCUUAUUUGGUAUGGUAAGAAUAUGCUUAGUCUUGUCAGAAAUUGCCAAACUGCCUUCCAAAGUGGCUGUAUAUAUCGCAUUCCUGCCAGCAGUGACUAAGAGUUCCUGUUGUUCCACAUCCUCGUCAGCACUUGGUGUUGUAAGUGUUCUGGAUUUUUGCCAUUUGAUGGGUGUGUAAUGGUAUCUCAUUGUUGUUUGAAUUUGUGUUUCCCUAAUGCCAUAUGAUAUGGAGCAUCUUUUCAUAUGCUUAUUUGCUAUCUAUAUAUUUUCUUUGGUGAGGUUCAGAUUUUUGCUCAUUUAAAAAAUCUGGUUUUCUCAUUUAAGCAUUCUCUGUGUAUUUUAGAUACCAGUCCUUUAUCAGAUAUGUGUUUUGCAAAGAUUUUCUCCAAGUCUGUGGCUUGCCUUUUCAUUCUCUGUACAGUGUCUUUUGUAGAUCAGACUUUUUAAAAUAUUAAAUAUUUAAAUGUUUAAUAUUUAAAUUAAAAAAUUAAAUAUA